AUGAAUGUUUUUUAUGGUAAAGCUAAACAAUAAAACUAGCUUGAAGAAAACGCCAGAAAUAAGCAGACUGAAAAUACCAUUUUAAAUAAUCACAGUAAUCCAGUUCUUGAUAUGAUGGAUUCAGGAAAUAUUAAAUAGCAAUUGAAUUAUUCUUAAGAGAUAGAGGAGGAAAUAGAUUAAUUUGAAGAAUACAUCAAUGUUGAUUCUAUUAUAAAUGAUAAAAUUUAUAAUCCAAGUUAAAAUUAUGAUUACUAGAAUGUUAUUAAGGCUAAUCCUUUACUUCAUAACAAGGGUUCUUCUUUAAAUAUCACAGUUAUUUAAUUUAUUGAAUAAGAAUAGGCCUUAUCUAGAUCUAAUUUUGUCGAUAUUGAAGAGGAUAAAGAGUUUUCAGAUGCAAUAAGACCAUAAAAAAAUAAAUUUAAUACUGACUCACUUAAUGGUUUUGUUUUUACUAGAGCGCAUUACUCACCAAUAGGUAAACUAUGUGGUUCACUUGGCAAGGUUAUAUCUAGUGAGGAUUUAAAAUUUCUGAGCAUAAGAUCUGAGACUCCAAGAAUGGAGUCUAAGAAGAGCAGUAGAAAGGGUACAGGGAAUAACAGGGACUUUGGAAAUAUCCUUGUAGAAGAUUUAAAUAACCAUAACCAAUAACCUAUCAUUAGUGGUCGAAAUGCAUCACCCACUAAACAAAAGAUGGGCAAUAACUUUAUCAUGCCAAAUACAGGUGUGGAUUAGAUGUCCCCUCGAGAGAUGAAAUCCCCUAAAAAACUAAAGAUAGUUAAAUUCACUAGAAAGUAAAGUGCGAGUGGAUUAUCGCCGUAGCUUAAGACUAAAAAACUUUCAUUGCUUGCUAAAAGUAAAUCAGGUGAAGAAGAACUACCAUAAAUUGAAAAUUCAAACUUCAAAUAAAAAGCUAAGAGGAUGGAAACUGAGGAACUUAAAGAUAGCAAAUAAUAAUUGAUCAAUAAAAAGACCCUGUCAAAUAGUAAUGUAAGAAGAAAAACUGCAGAUUUAAACUCAAGUAAAAUAAUUUCAGAAUAAAAUAGCGAGGCAGAUCAAAAUUUAAUGAAGAGAAUGCCUAGUAUCCUUAAAAAGCGCACUCUAUAUCAGAAGCAAGUUACUCCUACCAAACAAUAAUCAUCAAUGCUUAUUUAGCAAGCAAAGAAAUAAGUGAGAUUUAAUCCAAAAACAACUAUUCAUGAAUAUGAAAAACUUAAAGAUAUCAGUGAUUCUUCUAGUUCUGAGGAGUCUGAAGAGAAUAAUUUUGAUUAAUUGAAUGGAUAAAUUAUAGAAGAAUCUAAGAAUUAUCUUUACAAUAAAAAGGAUAUUGAAUUACUAAGCCAAGUCAAAAAGCCUUUCCAUAAAUUUAUCAUUCCGCCAGAUGACCCUGUUUUUAAAUAUGAUUACAACUAUUUAUUUUUCAAAGAUAGAGAGACUAAGAAGAGGUUUUACACUGAGUAUAAAGUAUGCAAAGGCUACUUUAAAAGAAAGGCAAGAUUAUCCUUAGAUGAUAAGACUGCUAAAACUUUUAAGAAAGUUUUUUAAAGAAGGCCGAGUGUACCUAAUUUCACUCAGAAGCCAGAUGGCACAAAAAAGCAUACAAGGAAAACAUUGGUCUUUGACCUCGAUAAUACUCUUAUAAAAUCAGCAUAUAAAAAACAUAAAUUAUCUGACUACGAUUCAUAUAUUUAUGUUAAUAUCUUGGGUAAUAAACGUAUAAGGAGAAAUGCUUGA